AUGCUCGACAAACCUCCGGUACCCAAACGAUCGGAACGAAGACGAUCCUUGUUCGGAGAAUCACGCCCGAAAGUGAUCGCCCCGCCACCACUUCCAACACCGUCUUCUUCCCAGUUGUGCAUGAUGAUGGUGAAGCCUUCUGUGCACGUAGCAACGCGGUCGAUGGAGAUGGGACAAGGUGGUGCGAGCGAUGUUGCGCCUUUGAAGGUGGGGAAACGAGCUUCGAGUGGAAGCGCAUAUCGAACGAGUGCAGCGAUCGUUGCUGGGACGUCGUUCGACAUGAUCUCUUCACCGACCAUUUCGGGGGAUGCAAUCAACAUGCACGAUAUCACGCCCGCGGAACCUGUCCCACAUCGAGCCUCUCCCAACUCACCGCCACACUUGCGCCAGUCACUCGCAUCACGGUGGUCGGGUAGCUCGUUCCAAACACCGCCCACACCUCCGCUCGCCAGCACGAGCUCUUCGGCAGCCUCGGACUGCUCGCAAUCCUCCCGAUCGUCUCUCCGCUCCUCCUCCCCCUUCAAAUCACCCCCCUGCGACCUAUUCAGCACGUCUCACAAAGACGAUCGAGCACAACCACCGACACACGUGCACUCCCUUCGAUCGAAUCACCUCGAUUUUCACGUGGAUGCAACCACUCGUCUGCGCGAGACUACGACUCAAUUGUCUUCACCCAAACCAUUCCGCGCCGAACGCAUGUGGGAGAGCCUGCAGCUGUUGAUGGAACAAGUCUCGUCGGAUCUCACACUUGUCUCGUCGAACAACACGAGUGCUCCGCACCGUCGGUCCGAUUCGCCGUACGAGCCGACGAGCCGUUCGUCAUCCGCCUCGUCCUAUUCUUCCACCUCGUCGUUCGUUGCCACCCCGACUUGCACGGAUAUCCCCGAUUUCUUCAGUCGAGAAGUCAAGAAAGUUGCACCGGAAAGGUCGUUCCAACGAGGUUGCAGAGAACAGUCGAGGGAGAUCGACAGGUUGAGGUGCGAGCUGCAACGCAUCAGGGUAGAGAUGGAGGGUUUGAGGUUGGAGAAUCGCGAGUUGAAGCAGCGAUGGGAGCGGGUUUGA